AGGCGGGCAGGGGAGGGCGGAGGGAGGGCCGGGUGCCCGGGGCAGCAGCAGGCAGGGCGCUGGGCUCGGCGCUGGGCACGGGCUGCCGGCGCCGCCCGCCCCGCCCCGCCGCUUCUGCCUCAGCCCAGCCGAGUUUGGGGGCGCCUCUUCCCCCCGCUUAAACGACCUGUGCGCCAUCUCCGCCCGCACUCUUCCGAAGGAGUCGCGCCCGUGCUGCUUUCCAAAGCCUUCCUCCCGGCAAGCCUUCACUCACUCGGGAUGUAGGACUGCUGCCCUCAUGCUCCACGGCUGUUCCGCAGUCCCCUGGUAGUUCCACACCCUUCACACCUUUCAGCUUUGCUGAUAAUGAACCAGGGCAGGGAAGAGGGAGUUUAACAGGUGGGGUGUUGCUCUCCUCCUGGGUUCAGCCCUGCACUCCUCGCGCUUUUCCUUUACUCAGGCCAAACUUUCACUCAGAGGUCAAGUGGAGUCAAGAAGAAGUCUAAAGCAGUUUUGCCUGGGAUUUAAGGAGGAGGCUCCAUAGCAGUAAAGUAAGUUCAAGGUUAGAAAUCUGAAGCAAUGGGUGACUGGAGCUUUCUGGGGAGACUGUUAGAGAAUGCACAGGAGCACUCCACGGUUAUUGGCAAGGUUUGGCUGACGGUACUGUUUAUCUUCAGGAUCCUGGUGCUGGGGGCUGCUGCUGAGGAGGUCUGGGGAGACGAGCAGUCGGACUUUACGUGCAACACUCAGCAACCUGGUUGCGAAAAUGUUUGCUAUGACAAAGCCUUCCCCAUUUCUCACAUCCGCUUCUGGGUGCUGCAGAUCAUUUUUGUCUCCACUCCGACCCUCAUCUACCUGGGCCAUGUCCUGCACAUUGUACGCAUGGAGGAGAAGAGGAAAGAGAAAGAGGAGCUGAAAAAGAAGGGAAGCAGCAAAGAUGGCAACUACCAAGUAGCAGCAGCAUCUGGCAGCGGUGGUGGAGGAGGCAGUAAUAAUGCCAAAGAUCAAUCUAUUGUCAAAAGGGGGAAGGAGAAGCUCCCAAUCCGUGACGAACGUGGCAGAAUCCGUAUGGGGGGUGCCUUGCUCCGUACCUAUGUCUUCAAUAUCAUAUUCAAGACACUGUUUGAGGUGGGCUUCAUUGUGGGCCAGUACUUCCUAUAUGGCUUCGAGCUAAAGCCGGUCUACCAGUGCAGCCGCUCACCUUGUCCACACACUGUGGACUGCUUCAUCUCGAGACCCACUGAGAAGACAAUCUUCAUCAUCUUCAUGUUGGUGGUGGCCUCAGUCUCCCUGCUGCUGAACAUGCUUGAGAUAUAUCACUUGGGGUGGAAGAAACUUAAGCAGGGCAUGACAAGUCAGUACAUCCUAGAGAUGCCUGUCGCAACAAUGACACCAGUUAUGGUAACAGGGGAGUCCAAACCUGUUUCCCUGCCUCCGCCAGCACCACCAGUGGUGGUCACGGCUGCCACACCGGCCCCCGUUCUGCCUGACACCCGCGCUGUCACACCGCUGCUGGCCCCAGUGACCAUGGCAUCGUACUAUGCCACAGCUGCUCCAAGACCACGGCCCCCCUCCAACACGACGUCCAUGGCAAGCUAUCCUGCUGCUCCCCAAGUUCCUGAGGAGAGGCACCGUGCUGUGACUCCCACGCCCAUCUCCACUCCCGUCACCAUCCCGACCCCCAUCCCCACGCCCACGCCAGCCGUCAUCAACUACUUCAACAGCAGCAGCCGUGCCCGGACAUCCGAGCAGAACUGGGCCAACGUGGCAGCUGAGCACCAGGGGAAGGUUUCCUCCAGCUCAGCAGGCUCCUCUACCCCCAGCAGCGUCCGGCAUCCCCUUCCUGAGCAGGAAGAGCCACUGGAGCAGCUACUCCCACCCCCGGCUGUGCUGCCCAUUGCCGCAGCCAACAGCGGCAGCAGCGCCAGCCUGAGCGGGGCGAGCGGCAGCAAGUGGGAUGUGGAGGGCGAGGUGGAGCUGUCGGGGGCACGGCCCGUCUCGGCGGCCUGCACCACGGUGGAGAUGCACGAGCCACCGCUGCUCGUAGACGCGCGGCGCCUGAGCAGGGCCAGUGAAGCUCGGGGGGAGAAAUGUAACUCUAUUGCAACCCCUAAGAGAAGUCUGAGAGAGCAGCCUCUGCAUCCAGGCAGUCCUGGUCUGAGAAAGCAAAGCUACAGCUCACAGGUUGCGCUUUUAAGAUCAGCUUAAGUUCCAUCACGUAUCUAUGCAGCGUCAAGCCUCUUCAUUGCCUACAGUUUCAUUUGGACUCCAGUAACUGUUUCUUCAUUUAAGGCAGGUAACUGUUGGGGCAGAACUCCUCCUUAGAGCUUACAACUGCUUGUAGUUGCCAUGUCACAUCUGGAUUUGGAUUUGUUGAAAGAAAAAUCUUACUGGUGUGGCUGAUUUUGAGGACUUUAAUCUUUACUCAUGAAUGAUCACUGAAUUCAGCAUCCUGUGAGUCAAGUGCUGAAUUCUGUGUAGAAUUCUGCAGUUCUAGAAAAUAUGUAUGAACACCCACUGACUUGCAGAAUAGAGUCUAUUGGCAAAAAUUAUCUCCUAAUUUCUAAGUUGUUGACUCUUUCCUGUCAAUUAAUUACAGAAUUUCAUGGGAACUGGUAGCAGGUCCUGAUUUAACCAGUCAUGUGGCUGUUCAAGCCACAAUUUUGAAAGGCCUCAAGUGCACAGCUAAGAUGAAAUCUGUAGGUAAGUUAUCACAAAAGCAGAAGUCAGAACAGAAUCAUGCCUGAUGUUAAGCAGACUGGAAAAAAAAACCAACAAAACCAACACUAAUUUUUGCUCUUUGAGUAGAAUAAUUUUGGGAAAACUUGUUCUCUCUCUUACUUGAGGUUAAAAAAUGUGCUGAGGUGAAGUAUGGAAACUGAGAAAAGAUACUCUUUGAACAAGUUACCAGGUGUAUGAUGUACUACUCUUUUUGCAGUAUAUUUGUUGUUCAACAAGGCACUUAGAGCUAAUUAAAUGUCUGACAUUAUGCAGCUCUUAAGGUUAUUUUAUGGUAUGAAUACAUAAGUGUAGGAUCAGUAAAAUCAUAAAAGCAAGCUUUAAAAAUCAAAUCAUUAUUUAGGUCCUUUUUUGGUUAGUUAUGGGACCACCUCCUCAGCUGCUCCAAACUUGUAUUCCACUGAGUUCAUGUGGGUGACAGCAGUCUGCAGGAGCAGAGUGUUGAGCCCCCAGGUCUUUUUGUUUUAUCCAGACACUAACACCAUUUGAACAGGCUGGGUUGUUGUUUUUUUUUUUUUUUAAUUCCAAAUGUUAUGCUUUGAUUCUUCUUCUGAAAAGUGUGCUCUUGUAAUUUUGAUUUUCUGAAGUUUACAUUCAGUUUUUGGUUUAAGAUUGCACAUUUGGAUGAAAUAAACUGUUUUCUAAGUUUACAUUUGUAUAAGAAGUAAAAGAAUGACUCUGCCAAUAUGUUAAAAGAGAGAGAAAUGUCUUACUAUAACACAGGAAUUCUUCAGCCAUAAGGCAGUACCAUUAAAUUUAACCUGAUCACUGAUGCAUAGUAUCAGCUUUGUCUGUAUAAUUAAAAUAUGGGCCUUGGAUAUAUAGGGAGCACACCAAGGAAAAAAUUAUUUUUCAUCAUGAAUUCAAUUAUUGCCAAAUCAACUGAGGUUCAUUGUUGUUCAUAUGCUUUCCUGUGUGUUUAGAGCUUCAAUGACAAAAAUUAGGUGUGACAUAUGUCUUUUAUGAGCUAAAUUUACAGCCUGGUUUAAAAUUCCAAACAAAUACUUGUGAAUAAACACUGCACUGUUACACUGUAGAAGAUUUUACAAAAAAAAUAAAUGAGAUGUUUUGCUUUCUAGGCAAAAAUAUGGUUCUGAGCCUGCAAAUACAAUUUCAUGAAAGUUAUUUUAACUUCUGCCAAUAAGACCAUUAAAGGCAAUGGGAGUAUUUGCAUAAACUAAAACCACUGAUGUAUUAAAGAAAUUGUAGAUUUGCAUUUUCAGUUUGCUGUAAGAUGCCAAUCUAAUUCUAGCGUUUUCAGUUCUUGAAGAGUUAUGCAAGAUGUGUGAGCAUAUUUUAAGGUGGAGAGUACAUUGCUAUUUGCAUUGCCACUGUUUCUCACAGUUAAAGGGUUCUAAAGCAUAAGAAAGCUUACUCAGAACUUUCUUGUUGCUUUCCAGAUGUUUGUCUUUUACAUUAUAGAAUCUGACAAAAAACAUAGCAAGUUUUCUGGGCAAUCAGGAACUUGUAGUAACAAUAAAACCAGCGAACAGUACUGUCUUCAGAGAAGUGCCUUGUAUAUUAAAUUCUGUAAGAAGCAAGUUGAUGUAAAUGUUAAUUUACCUCAUAUGUUUACAAAAUUGUGACUAAAUAAACUUUUUGUACCACA